AUGUCUUGCGAGGGUUCCCAAUACAUCACAGCAACACCCAAUUCAUUCUUAUCAGCUUUGCCCCCUGCUUUGAUGGAUGACCAACUCGCCGUAUCAUCUUUACCAUUGUCAGACAACCCGUUCUCGUUCAAGUUCAAUCCAUCACACAUGUUCGGAGGGAACCAGGUUUCUCGAAAGUUCGCCUCAGCCAUCAAGAACGACAUUAUUCUCACUCAAGAAGCUACAUAUGAUCCAUUGCUCCCUCCGCUACAUCUUCCGGACAGUAUACUCACCUUUCUAUGUGGCGCAUGCUCGCUAUCGUUGGACUCUGUUCGAACUUGCUGGUCCGAACUGGCAAACAGCAUUUGGUCAGACGAGUUCACACUGAAGGGCAGCCACAUGAAACUGUUCGAAGACUAUGGAUAUCAACACGGUUUCACUGCAACGACCUUCUAUCCGCCGUACAAAAUGUGCCCAGACCGAGAAUGUGACCGGCACAAGAAAGGGCUGCGUUUAAGCAAAGCACAGCAGCUUCGUGCCGUCUAUUUUAGCUCGCAUGAUGGUGCGGUCCCUGCUUACAGCAUAUCUAUGCAAUACGAAGGAUGCUCAACGACGUACCAUCACAAUUACAAGGUUGUGGGGGAGGAUCGAAUAUAUUACAACUUCGUUGAUGGGCUUCCGGAUGUCCUCCAGGUAGCCUCGCACUACUUCGUUGACACUCGCAUCGGACGACUGUGGAAAACGAUGAUGCAUACAGCGUGUGUUUCGGCGACAAACUGCGCACGUAUAUACAAUUCUGCGAUGGCGCAGGACAACCAGUUUCCACUGGGCUGGAAAUUUUCACCGACGGUGACGAUGGACCACGUUUGGGACAUGUUUAUCAUUAUGUCACUUCUAGACGACAGUCGACGACGGCAGCAGGCCCUUGUUGUCCAACAGAAGAUUGAGCAAGCCCUCCGAUUCCAGCAUCAAAUGGCACUUCGAAAUCAGCGUAUGCGUGCUUAUGGUCAGCCUCUAGCUCGGCGCCACCAUUGUGUCAAAUGUACCCGCCUGUACAAGGGCCCAAAUGACCAAUAUACUUCUGUUGUCCGAGUAAUUGUUGUAGAUGGGGUUAUGAUUGGUCGCCCCUGCUGUUCAAUAUCAUAUUGCGCGAACUCACUCCGCUCGGUCAACGAUCGCUUUUGUCCUACCCACAUGACCAACCACGGGCAUGAAUGUGUCAUUCUCGGCUGCUCCAGACAGGCUGUUCACGGCGGAAAGACUUGCAGUGACAUAGCUCACAAAGCUGUCGAGGAAUUGCACGCCUUGCGAGGCCAGUCCAGGUUUCAGCUCCAAGAACGGUUAGAGCGUUCUCGUGCUGUUCGUAGCCACCCGCUGCUUGUCGAGAGUGACAAUGAUGGGGCCCAUUCAGACGAGGGCGAGCAGGACUUUACUGUGAAGAGCCAAAGAGAUAGACGAACACUGCGUGCACAGUUUGGACGCAAUCGAACGUGUUGCGAGGUGUUGAUUGUCUUACCGUGUGGUCUGAUAUGGAAACGGACAACAAUGUAUAAAGCUGAAGCGGUGGGUGCAGUUGCGACAUUUAUCAAGCAGUCGUUUCCUGAUCCGAUGACACGACCAACACACAUUUUUUAUGACAACAACUGCAGCCUUGCGAAGCAUGUCAAGGAUGACCCUUUCUUCAAGAACAUUGGCCUCUCCGUUGACGUGUUUCAUUUCAACUGCAAACAUUCAGAAGCAGAUACAUUCUGUCAAGAAAAUUGCAACCCAGCAGCAUUCCCCGAGCUUACUGGCGACAACGGCACAUGGUACUUCAAUUCCUCUGCCUGCGAACAGGCAAAUGCAUGGUUUGGCAAGUACAAUCCUAUCACGCGGGGCAUGAGACCAGAGAAGUAUGAUUUUUUCUUGGACGAGAUGAUCACUUGCAGGAAUGAGGUCACACUCGAGAAGCUGAAGAAAGGGAAGUGCAAACCCUCUACUUGGCCCUUGCUCGACACUUUUGAGUAG